CUGCUGGAGAUGGAAGCAAACCAGAUAACCCUGGAGAGCUUUGAGAAUGGCACAGAGAACCCAGCUUUCAGCUGCACUGGUGAGGAGAGACUCAAUGAGGAACGUCAUGGUCCCUGUGGGGAGAGGAGAGGAGAAGGGCAAGGGCAGCUCUCCUCCUGCUGCAGGAGGACCCUGCAGCCGGCCACCAGGGCCAAGCGCUUCUGCAAGGCUCAUGCCAAGAUGCUGAGGAGAAUCAUGCUGGGGCUCCUCGGAAUAGGCUACCUCUGCUACUUCAUUGCUGCCUGCUGGCUCAACUUCCAGCGAGCACUCCCCUUGGUCAUCAUGACUGCUGUGGUUGCCUUCUUCACCUGCUGGAGCCUCUUCAAGAAGUUCUAUGGGGCAAAAGUAUUGCUGCUGCUCAGGCCUGUUUGGAAAUGCUUCCAGGAGUGGAGUCUGUGGCUCAGAUGGCUCCUGUGGGCAGCCCUCCUGGGGGGGCUGAUUGCCUGGCUGGUGCUGGACACCUCCAAAAACCCAGAACAGCUCAUCUCCUUGGCUGGCUUCUGCUUCCUGGUGCUGUUCCUGUUUGCCUGCUCCAAGCACCACGGCGCAGUGUCCUGGAGAGCUGUUCUGUGGGGUCUUGGCUUGGAGUUCUUGUUUGGAAUCUUUGUGCUCCGAACCACCCCUGGCAUCCAAGCUUUUCAGUGGCUGGGUGACCAAAUCCAGUUCUUCCUGGGCUACACCACAGCUGGCUCCAGCUUUGUCUUCGGGAACUUAAUCAUUGAAGUCUUUGCCUUCCAGACUCUGCCCAUCGUUGUUUUCUUCAGCUGUGCGAUGUCCAUCCUCUACUACCUAGGUGUCAUGCAGUGGAUCAUUGUCAAGAUCUCCUGGCUGCUUCAGGUCUCCAUGGGCACCACUUCCACGGAGACCCUCAGUGUGGCAGGGAACAUUUUCGUGGGACAGACGGAGGCGCCACUGCUGGUGCGGCCGUACCUGGCGGACAUGACGCACUCGGAGCUGCAUGCGGUGAUGACCGGUGGCUUCUCCACCAUCGCAGGCAGCGUCAUGGGCGCCUACAUCGCCUUCGGGAUAGAUGCAGCGUCACUGAUUGCAGCCUCAGUGAUGGCUGCACCCUGCGCCCUCGCCAUGUCCAAACUCAUCUAUCCUGAGGUGGAAGAAUCCAAGUUCAAGGGCAAGGAAAGCGUCCAGCUCUCCAGAGGGGAAGAGCAGAAUGUUCUGGAAGCUGCAAGCAAUGGGGCAGCCACCUCUGUGGGACUGGUGGCCAACAUCGCAGCCAACCUCAUCGCCUUCCUGGCAGUGCUGGAGUUCAUCAACUCUGCCCUGCGCUGGCUCGGGGAGAUGGUGGACAUCGAGGGGCUCUCCUUCCAGGUGAUCUGCUCCUAUGUCCUCAUGCCUGUGGCCUUUCUGAUGGGGGCAGACUGGGCUGACUCCCCGGUGGUGGCUGAGCUCCUGGGCAUCAAGAUCUUCCUGAACGAGUUUGUGGCGUACCAGCAGCUGGCAGAGUACAAGAAGAAGCGGCUGGCAGGGCUGCCUGAGUGGGAUGGCAGCCGCAAGCAGUGGAUAUCUGAACGAGCCGAGAGCAUUGCCACCUUUGCCCUCUGUGGCUUCGCCAACCUCAGCUCCAUUGGCAUCAUGCUGGGAGGCCUGUCCUCCAUGGUCCCCCAGCGCAGGGGUGUCAUUGCCUCCCUCGUGCUGCGUGCCCUCCUCACUGGCAUCUGCGUCUCCAUGCUCAACGCCUGCCUGGCAGGUCUCCUUCAUGUGCCAAUGGAGGUGGGUGACUGUGUGACCUUCUUCAGGACUGCCAACAUCAGCUCCCCUACCUACCCCCUGUACACCUGCUGCCAGGAGCUCUUUGCCAGUUCCGUGCUGGAGAACGGGACCCUGUCCUUCACAGGCCCCUGGGCUGGCCUGGCACAGGCUGUGCUGCACCUGGCACAGUGCUGUAGGCACUACAACCACACCUCCUGUGUGGGGACAACCUAG